AUGUCGUACUCGUUAAAAGGCCGCAAUGCCCUGAUCACUGGUGGCUCUCGAGGAUUAGGAGCUCUAGUAGCUCAGAAGUACGCUGCCGAAGGGUGCAACGUUGCGAUCAACUAUGUUUCGAGUAAAGACGUUGCGGAGGAGCUUGCAUCCAACCUACAGAGUCAGUACGGCGUCAAGGCAAUCACUGUUCAAGGUGACGCAAGUCGCCGUCAAGACUGUAGCAAUGCAAUCAAGACCACGAUUGAACGGCUUGGAGGUCUGGAUAUUGUGAUCUCAAACGCAGUGGGUCCUAUCAGUGUAUCUUUCUCACUAUAUUGCCUCGGACUAAUGGCAGUCAAGGGUUGGACCAAAAUGACUACAUUUAGCGAUUUAGACGCUAUGGAUGAUGACGAUUGGGAUAGGUGCUGGUCAACAAAUGUCAAGAGCAGUUGGUAUCUCUUCAAGGAAGCCCUUCCUACAUUCAACGCAAACCCCGACGGCGGUGUCUUCAUCAUCACUUCAUCUACGGCGGCUGUCACACCAAGCGGAAGCAGCAUACCGUACGCUGUGACAAAGGCAGCAGGCCUGCACCUUAUGAAGUGUCUCGCACAGAGUCAAGGUCCAAAAGUCCGCGUCAACGCUGUGGUGCCUGCUCUCUUGCUCACUGAAUGGGGGCAACGAUUCCCUCCUGAAAAGAUCGCAGCCUUCAAGAACAAAGCGGUACUUGGGAAAUUGCCCGAGGUGGAGGACGCUGCCAAUGCAUAUGUUAUGCUGGCUCAGAACUCGUCCAUGACUGGACAGUCCAUCCAAAUUGAUGCCGGUUUUGCGAUCAAAUAA